UGUGCGCCUCAGCUGUAAUAAGUAAACAUUACUGGCAAUGAACACAUUCAACACGUAAUUUGUUAUAAUGAAACUUGAGAUGAUUUAAAAAAUAAAAAAGAUUUGAACAUGGAACGAAUUGGAAUACCAGUUUGGGCAACGUUCCGUUCCGCGUGCAUUCAAAACAUAACCUCUAAAUUGUUAGCCUAUUGUCCGGCACGUAAAAAAUGCACGGCGCGCCGCUGCGUCCGACGUCGGGCUCCGCCGCCGGCCGCGGGAGCGUUUCAAGCCAGUCUCACUCCUACUGCGGGGCAGACUCCUCGUUUCUCCGGCCCCAAUCGCCUUCACUUCACUCACCAUUCUCGAUAACUUAUCAGCAGAAAUAUUGCAUGAAGUCAUCGAUUAAAUUAUAUAGGUACCUACUGCGCGACUUGACUAGUUGCAACAAUAAGUUAACUUGUGUUAAAGUUUUGACAGUGAACUCUACAAGUGUCAGUGAAAAGUUUGGUGCCAUCUAAUUGGUGGAUAUUGUUUUGUUUAAGUGGUCAAGUGAAGUUAAGAUGAACGGAACGCCGGCAAGGAGACCAAAGAGUGCAUUCUCUGAAUCGGGUGUUCGGAUAAAGGAGGUCUCGGAGGGGAGACCAUGUGACAAUUGCCCGGAACUGUGCCCUGGAUUCAUUCCACAUGCAUGGAGAAAAACAUGCAAGUCGUGCGGCUGCGACCGGCUGCAGCACUCUGUGUACCACGAGGAGCUGGGCUCCGUGCGGGACAGGCUGGGGCUGCGGGACUGCCUCCACCAGAACGACAGCCCGCCGGGACUCACUGCCAAGCAGACGGAACUCUACUGGGCAGCGUUGAAUGAACGAGCGCCCACGGGUAUAGGGGGCGCCACUGGACCCGCAGCUUGGCGAGCUUGGAGAACUAGGUCUUUAGCAUCACAACUACCCAAACAAGAUCUCUCAUUAGCACACUGUCGACAUAUAGACGAACAACACAAAAAACAAUUCGAAGAUUUCGUCGCCGCGCGCAAUGAAAUUGCACUAGAUAUCGGUGUCGCAUAUCAACAUCACACAUCGUCAACGGAGUGCAUGGGAUGCAAUAAACCUAUUCGAACUGGUAGCAUCGCAAUUCAGGCGCCUAGAAUAGCGGAAGAGGCGCGCUACCACCCGGCCUGCUUCGCGUGCUCAGACUGCGACGAGCUCCUGGUAGAGCUCGCCUACUGCGCGCUCGACGGCCGCCUCUACUGCGUCAGACAUUACGCUGAGAAGCUCAAGCCACGGUGCAACGCAUGCGAUGAGCUAAUUUUCAGCGGCGAAUACACCAAGGCGAUGAACAAGGACUGGCACAGCGGCCACUUCUGUUGCUGGCAGUGCGACGAGUCGCUGACCGGCCAGCGGUACGUCCUGAGAGAUGAACACCCCUACUGCAUCAAGUGCUAUGAGAGCGUCUUCGCCAACGGCUGCGAGGAGUGCAACAAGACCAUCGGUAUUGACUCUAAGGAUCUGUCUUACAAGGACAAGCACUGGCAUGAAGCGUGCUUCCUCUGCGCGAAGUGCCGCGUGUCACUAGUAGACAAGCAGUUUGGCAGCAAGUUGGACAAGAUCUACUGUGGCAACUGCUACGAUGCCCAGUUCGCCAGCCGUUGCGAUGGCUGUGGAGAAGUUUUCCGUGCCGGCACCAAGAAGAUGGAGUACAAGACGAGGCAGUGGCACGAGAAGUGCUUCUGCUGCGUGGUCUGCAAGAACCCCAUCGGCACCAAGAGCUUCAUCCCGCGCGAGCAGGAGAUCUAUUGCGCGGGCUGCUACGAGGACAAGUUCGCGACCCGCUGCGUCAAGUGCAACAAGAUCAUCACGCAAGGCGGCGUGACCUACAAGAACGAGCCCUGGCACCGCGAAUGCUUCACGUGCACGAACUGCAACACCUCCCUGGCCGGCCAGCGGUUCACCUCGCGCGAUGAGAAGCCCUACUGCGCCGAGUGCUUCGGAGAGCUGUUUGCGAAGCGGUGCACUUCUUGCACCAAGCCCAUUACUGGCAUCGGUGGCACCCGCUUCAUCUCGUUCGAGGACCGCCACUGGCACAACGACUGCUUCAUCUGCGCGCAGUGCAAGACCUCGCUGGUCGGCAAGGGCUUCAUCACCGACGGCCAGGACAUCAUCUGCCCCGAGUGCGCCAAACAGAAGCUCAUGUAAAUAGCUUUGCUAACGCUUCGGGUGUGUCCUGUCCUGUCUGUCUACCGAUCUAUGCACGCACAAUUCACAAUCGGAAGAAAAAAAAAACGUUCUCUUUUCAAAAAUGUUACUGGUUGUAAAAAUGAUAAUCAAAUUUCGUUUGAAAAUAGAACCCAUUCAAAUAUAGAAUAAGAUGAUGGUAAAUGUUGCCAGUUGUAAAUGGAAUAGUGAAUUGUAACCAUGUGGCUCAGCACGUUUAUUCUUCAACUAAUAAACAUUGUGACUGACCAGAUUUUUGUGCAUACAGCGAUAACAUCGUCCUACCCGUAGUGGCUAACGCCAGAGACUGGUGCGCGUCAAACAGGCAGGACACCGCCAGCGCCCAGCUGUUCGACCUUGCCGACAAAAUAAAUUUCCGCAAGGUCCACUCCUAGUUCUUGUUAUUAGAAGCGUUGUUGACGAUAUUUUUUAUACAAAAACUUUACGAAAAUCACAAAAAAAGUGGAUGCACAAAUAUGUAUUAAGUACCUAUUAUGCUUUUUUACUCAAAUCUUUAAGAUGGAUGUUUAUAUAUUUUGACUGUUUAGUUCGAUAUAUUGUGACUAAUAUCUUGUGAUUUCAUCCACAAAACCUUAUUUAUUCUAAUAAUUAUUCUUAUGCUAAUAUUGCCAUAUAAUUUUGCUUUGGCUGUUGUAUUAGUCCUAUAGGUAUAUUGUCAAUUUACCUAGUGCGAUUCACACGAUGCCUUAAUAACAUAUCUAAGUCAAUUUCAAGGGUAUAUACUUUGUGUUGUUAUGUAUUUUAAUUAUUACAUUAAUUUUACAAAAUCUACAUGUUCUGGUGACAUGUUUUAUUAUUAGAAAUUCUUCCAAACGGAAAGUAUGUUAAGUGCUUAUCAUUGUUUAAAAUUGCGUAACAUAGUUGUAAGAAAUUAUAUUGACAGAGUAAUGUAUGUUUAAGUAUUUAUUUUUACGGAAAAACACACUUGAAACAUCGGCGGUGUGAUAAUUUUGAAAAAAGAACACGAUUUCAAUCGUCAGUGUUGCCAUAUGCACCGCAGAUGGAUCACUUCCUAACAAUAAUAAUGUUUAAGUGACGUGAAGUCAUGUAGUUUUUACUAAUAAAAAAUAAUAUAAAAUAUUUUUGUCCUCGAAUAGGAGUCAAUCGUGUUACAAUAAUGUAAUUGAAUGUUAUCGAUAUUUUUACAUGAUUAUAAUAAUAUUUUAGCGUAGAGUCGUAAUAUUAGUAAACAUCUGUGUUUGUGAUCGCAGGAGCGAACUGACCAUUCAAGAUUGGGGAACACUUUUUAAGGGUUACUUGUUAAGGGUUAAAUUAUUCGAAUGUUGAUUAUUAAUUUAUAAUGUGUACACUUUUAAACUGCUUAAUGUGUGAUCUGAUUAAUUAAAAUAUUUGUAUCUAUCUACCCAUAGAUUGUAAAAACUAUGAAACCGAAAUAAAUGAAUAAAAACGAA